AUGAAGAAACCGCACAAUCACAGUGGUGAUGAAAAUAAAUGUAAAGUUGAAGAAUUUAAAAUGAAUUUAAAACGGCGUAUUGAAGAAUCACACAACCGGGCAUUAUUAAUGCCGUUUGUAUUAGUUGUUAUCCUUUGUAUCUCUUCUAUUGGUGAUGGGUACAACGGAUGGUUACUCUACUCAAGGGAAGGUGAGAAUCAUUUAGACUGUUUUAAGAUCGAAAAUGUUGAUUAUUGUCGAAAUUCAAUAACAGUUGCAAAUUGUUCAAAUAAUGUGGAAAAGAUAUGGCAUUAUUCUGAUCUAAUCCACAUGAAUGAUUCAGAACGUUAUUUACUUGAUAAGUUGUCUAUACCAUUACACAUCAUUCAAAGUUAUGCAAAGUAUAGUAAAUCAUCUACUAAUGAAACAGAUAAUAUUAUAUGUCAAUGUUCAACACGUUACAUUGGUGCAUCAUGUGAGUAUCAAUUACCACCAGAAGGCACUCCAGAAAAUGUAUUACAUCAACAAUUAAGCAUUAAACCACAGGAUCGAUUUUAUUCUGUUCCAAUCUGUUACGAUGAUGUCAAAUGUGAUAAUGUAAGAGUCUGUAUUGAUUGGCGAAAUAUAUGCGACGGUAUUCCACAAUGUGAAGAUGCAUCGGAUGAAAAAGAUUGCGAUAAAUUGGAAUUUAACAUCUGUAAUAGCAAAGAAUAUCGAUGUCGAAAUGGAAUGUGCAUACCAACAGAUUUUAUUUUUGAUGGAGAGUUUGAUUGUAAUGAAAGCCCGUCGAAAACGGGAUUUAUUGAUGCUAAAUAG